GGUACACUUUACGGUCCAGUCUUUUGUAGAACCGAAACAACCCUAAAUAAGAAACAAUUUGAGAAUAUUCCGAUUUGUGAAACUAAUUCUAUUGAAAUGUCAAAUUUAGAUGUAACAGAUUAUGAAAACUUUGCAAAUAAUGUAAUGCCACAUCUCGAUUAUGAGAUUGAAGAUUUCCAGCAUUACACGUGGCGAAUAACUGGUUGGAGAAAUCGGGCAGGGAGGGUGGAGAGUCCUAGAUUUAUUGCUGGAGGUUGGGGAUGGCGUAUUGUGCUUUAUCCUUUGGGAGAUAAUAAUAAUACUGAAUAUAUAUCAAUUUACCUGGAAAUUGCACCGCAUGGAGCACCUAAUGAUUGGCAUUCCUGUGCACA